ACCUUCUUUUGUUAGAAUAUUUACCAGGAAGUUUAAUUCACAGUCGACCUAUUAGAUGCUCUCUAGCAAUGGAAAUGAAAGCAUGUUGGGGUAUUUUAUUCUUUUCCGGAUUGGUGUUAAGGAUUAAUUCUGAGAUCGUGAAACUAAUAUGCCUAGAGACAGCAAUAAAAUUUGGGAUGAGUGAUGUUGCCUGUGAUAUUACCGUACAAAAAUUGCAGUCCUGGUUCGAAGAACCUCCACACGGAUUUCCUUGUGAGGAACAAUGUUCAUUAUCAGUGACGCUGGAUGAUGAUGUAUCCGUUGCGGUGAGCAAAUUACGGUUUCAAGUACACGGUGAUUUAAAAAGGACGCUGAACCUAAACAGGAAGUGUCUAGUUGAUGAUACUGUUGAGGUAAUAGUGGACUGCUCACCUAGUGCGUUCAAAGCUUAUUCUGGACUCAUCUGCUCAGAAGACAUGGAAUGUGGAAAAUCCAAUGCGUAUUGCUCCACGUAUGGAGACACGGGGCGAUGCAUGUGUGACAAUGGAUUUCUACUAAUCAAUGGAUAUUGUAGAAAAGUUGGUUUGAUUAUCGGCGACCACUGUGAUAUAAACGAGCAGUGCACGGGUUCAGCGAAUUCCGGAAACUGUUUAAUGAGCAAAUGUGACUGUCGAUCCGGAUAUUACAGGAGUGGUUCAAACUGCUACCCAAAUGAAGCUUCUCUCGGCCAAUUUUGCAUUGAUGACACGCAAUGUUCUCGGUCAACCGACAACAGCUGCUGUAACGCUGGGUUGUGUGCAUGUUGCCUGGGGUUUAUUCAGCAUGGUUUACUGUGUGAGAAAUCCAGUAUGACGACAGACUCUCAGAUCAUCAGCUCCCAACGGUCAUCACAACCUCACGAUGAAAUAUCCGGUACAACCACAGAAAGCGAUAGCGCGAUCAGUACCAGUGACCCGAACACGCAGCAACAGUACCAAGCUAGUGAGAAUGCUGGGAAGGGUUCUAGUGCGGGAACAGUAGCGGGAGCUGCGAUUGGAGGUUUUGUCCUGGGAAUCGUGGUCAGUCUUGGCAUCAUGAUUUUCUUGCGAAAGCGUGAAUCCCACGGAAAGCAAAACAAUGAUUGCAGAAAAGUAGUCGUUAAUCAAUCAUAUGACAAAGAUACAGAAUUUGGAGAAUCAAGUCAAAUUUCAAAUACAACAGAUACGAAACAGGUAUCUCACGUGCGACCAACCAUCAGAGAGGCCACAUACUCCAACAUAAAAUGUCCAUCCGACAACGACAAUGGCGACAUUUAUAACCACUUGAAUGAAAAGGAAAAGCCUGGUGCUGACUUAGACGACUACGACCACGCCCACCCAUCCACAGAGCACGGAGCCCCUGAUGAGGAUUACUGGCAUCUCAACUCCAAAUUAGAGCGUGGAAUGGGGUCAAAACAGAAUGGUGAUGUGUACGACACAUCAGGAUUCGUAGAGAGCAGUGAUCACUAUUUUACAAUGGAAAACAGGAACGUAUCGUGACAAUUCUUCUCCAUUAAUCCGCUGAUGAACGAAAUUUACACAUCGUCUUGUCAUGUCUUGUUUAUUUCAAAGAUAAACUGUAAUGUUUACAUUUUAGAAAAAAAGUACAACUUUCGAUAUCACCCGAAAGUUAAAAUCUAGGGAACGGUAUGGCUUCUGUGCAUUGUGGAACACACUUGCAUGUACAAACAUCUAUCAAAACAAGGCACAUAAACGUAGCAUAGUUUAUCAAA